AUAUGAAAUUUAACUACCUAUAAUUUAUCGAGUUGGGAAUUCUUAGAAAAUGUAAUCGAAAAUGUUGUAAUGUAUUUGUGCAUUUUUCAUAAACAUUGUGUUAAUACUAUUAUUUUUUCUUAUAUUAACGAAACACUUUUCGUAAAAUACAAUUAAAAACUGAUAAACAACUUUCUAGUAUUAAUAGGUACCUAGUAGUAAAGUGAAAGUAGAUAUUUCGUUUUGUACCUGUGGAUUGUGGCACUGGUGUGUAGGUGUAAUUAUCAUUAUGUAACAGGUUUAAAGUCCAUUUUUUUAACUUUUUAUUUUUAUUUUGAGUUACUCGAACAAAAACUUGACAUAAUAAACAACUAUUACAUACACAUACAUAAUACUGCAAUUGUAUUUUGUUACAUCCAAUUAUUCACUUACGCUAACUAUUUAAUGUGAAUUGUAUUAAAACUUGUAUCUAACGUCCAUAUGGCGACAAAAAGCUCACAAAAUGCUACCGGAUAUGUGGUGUUUAUAUCAUUACUAUUUGAUUUACUGGCAUUUACCAUGAUAUUACCACUUUUCCCAUCAUUACUAGACUAUUAUAAACAAAAUGACUCUGGUGGAUUGUAUCAAUGGCUGGAACAACAUAUCAGUGUCUUUCAAAAAACUAUUGGUGUACCAGAUAAGUUUAAUGGAGUUUUAUUUGGCGGUAUACUGGGUUCAUUGUUUUCAUUUUUACAAUUUGCUUCAUCACCUAUUCUCGGUGGAAUAAGCGAUGUUUAUGGACGUAAACCAGUCAUGAUUUUAUGUUUGGUAGGCAUUUUAUCUUCUUACAUAAUAUGGUCAAAAGCAACAACAUUUUCUUUAUUUGUUUGGUCACGUAUUAUUGGUGGUCUCAGUAAAGGCAAUGUUAGUUUAUCAAUGGCUAUUGUUACAGAUGUAUAUGUACCAGAAAAGCGUGGAAGAGGAAUGGCAAUGAUUGGAAUAGCAUUUUCAGUGGGAUUUGUAUUUGGUCCUAUGAUAGGAGCAGGGUAUGCUAAAUGGUCUCAUGGUCAAGAAGGGGCCUGGUUCGUUCAACCUGCUUUACUUGCAGUUGUUUUGACUAUUAUUAAUAUCAUUUUUGUAACUUUCACAUUUAACGAAUCACUUCCAAAAAAAAAUAGAGCUUCUUCAGUUGCUGGAAAAUUGUCUGAAGCAUUUACAUACAUUAAUGUGAUAGAUUUAUUCAAAUUUAAGCUUUUAGAUGGUGUUGUUCCAUCUGAAGAUGUUAAGAAGUUACGCACUUUGGGUACUGUCUAUUUUACUUAUUUAUUCCUAUAUUCUGGUUUAGAAUUUACAUUAACAUUUUUGACCCAUAAUAAAUUUGGAUAUACCUCGAUGCAACAAGGUUGGAUGUUUUUUGGCAUUGGUAUUACCAUGGCUAUCUUACAGGGUGGUUGGGUUCGAAGAAUACCUCCAGCACGUACAGCUAAAACUGCCACUUUGGGACUUUUACUCAUAGCUCCAUCGUUCAUAUGUGUUGGAAUGGCUGAAUCGCCUCCACUUUUUGUUUUUGGUUUAUUUCUUUAUGCCGUUUCUACCUCUAUUGUUGUUCCGUGCAUGACUACAUUAGCAUCACAUUAUGGAUCUAACUCUCAUAAAGGCAAAGCAAUGGGUACAUUCCGUUCUUUAGGUGCUUUAGCUCGAGCUGUUGGACCAGUGUUUGCUUCAAUAUUAUAUUGGUCUAUUGGUCCAAGGAUUACAUAUUGCAUUGGAGGCAUUUUAUUAUUGCUACCCUGGUUUUUGUUAAAGAAAACAUUGAAGGACACGAAGGAAAAAAUAUAAUUUACCUUUGGAUUAUAUUAUUAUUGUUAAUUACCAUAUUUUAAGUAAAAUAAUUUAUUUAUUUAUAUAUGUUGUGAUAUGUGUGCAAAUCAUAGCUAUUAAUAUUACACCCAUUUUGGAAGUAUUAAUUGCUAAUGAAUAACUCAAAUAUAAAUAUUUUAAAUCUAAAUAAGAACACAUCAUCAUCGAAAACAUUUAGAUCAUCAAUUUUAUAAUUAUUAAAUAAUUGUUAUUGUAUCAAAGACUAUUGUGGCAUAUAUAAAUAAAAACUGUAGGAAACUUGUUAAAUUAAUGCUGUUUAAUUUUACUUACUUAGUUUUAAUAAUAAUAAUUUUGAACUGAGUAGUAAUAUUUAUAAUAUUUUAAAUUU